GGACAAGGGCUCGGGUGGGAUGACCACAGGUCUUCGGGCCCUGACAUGUUUAGGUUUCCGGGUACCGAGGUCUCUAGGGUCCGCCAAUCCAGCCUUUGUGCCGAGCUCUCGGCGGUGACCCUAGAGCCUGGAGUUUCGGCACCUGGUCCCCCAUGCAGUCUCACUAGAUAGCGUUGAGUCUUGUUGCUUUUUUCUGUUGAGCGGUGCAGCGACGGCAGCGUGGGAUCCUCGUGGCGCAGGUCACGUGGCUGGCGGAGUGCGGCAUGGAGGAGGGAGCGUGGUGUCCCACCGGAGGCGUUGGAGGCUCUUGGUUCCUUCUUGGGUUUUACGUUGGCUGAUACAAAGCGUGACUUGACCUUAACUCUCAGUCGAAUUUGCCCGGGACUCAAAGAUAAAAUUGCUUUAGAAAUGAGGGAAGGGAUUUUCGUUAAUAAAGAAGAAAGUGAGGGUGCUGAGCGCGAACCUGAGAAGAUGAACCCUUUAACUAAAGUGAAGCUGAUCAACGAGCUGAAUGAGCGUGAGGUCCAGCUUGGGGUGGCAGAUAAGGUGUCCUGGCACUCCGAGUACAAAGACAGCGCCUGGAUCUUCCUGGGAGGGCUUCCUUAUGAACUGACUGAAGGGGACAUCAUCUGUGUGUUCUCACAAUAUGGGGAGAUUGUUAACAUUAAUCUGGUGCGGGACAAGAAGACUGGGAAAUCCAAAGGAUUCUGUUUCCUUUGCUAUGAAGACCAGAGGAUCACAAUUCUGGCUGUUGACAAUUUUAAUGGGAUCAAGAUCAAAGGAAGAACUAUUCGAGUGGAUCAUGUGUACAACUAUCGAGCUCCCAAGGACUCCAAAGAAAUAGAUGAUGUGACCAAAGAACUCCAGGAGAGGGGCUGUGGGGCUCACACCCCCUCAGUGAGUUCGUCAGAGGGUUCUGAAGAUGACAAACCCACAAAACACAAAAAAGACAAAAAGGAGAAAAAGAGAAGAAAGAAAGACAAAGAGAAGACUGACCGGGAGGUCCAGGCGGAGCAGCUGGCCCCCUGGUCACCACCCAGAAACAAGGUGGUAAGGGAAAAGGAUGACCCUGGCUCUAAAAAGCGCAGCAACAGGAACUCAGAGUGGGGUCAGAAGUCAGAGCCCAGGGAGAUGCGGAAGCACCAGCCCAGCUCUCCCGAGGUCAGGGCAACCUGCCGCGGUGGAGAAGGGGACAGAGAGAGGGAGCCGAAGAAAAAGAAGCUGAAGCAUGAACAUAGGUCCUCAACCAGAGAAGAAAAGAACCGAGAUAGAGACCGAGGCCGAAGCUCAGACACACACUCCAGCCAGCCCAGUGGACGUUCUGAGGGGCGUAGUCAGCGGAGUAGAAGCAGGAGCCGGGAGAGGUCCCACGGGCCGAAGAGGGCCCGGCGCUCACGGGACCAGGAGUCUUCUAACCCCGGUGACCGCAGGCACCACUGAAGCUGCGGCCUCUCUCUCUUCCCAGGAGAACUGGAACUGGAAAUGUACUUGGUCUUUAAAAUGCAAAAAAAAAAAAAAAAAAAAAAGUGAAUGAGAGUAGAGGCAUGGUUCGGCUUUUAGGUAUACCAAAGCAAAAUUGAGCAUCAUAGCCCUGCCAAGCAGUGGGCUUGGAUCUUUGACUUCUGGAAUCAAACACAUCUAGAUUUGGGACCAGGCUCUGUUUUCUUAAAAUGUAUAACCUGAACAUCUUGCUGAACCUCUCUGAGUUUGUUUCUGUUCCUACGGGAGAUGCCAUCAUCUACUUUAAGAUUUUUGUGAAUUUCAGUAACAUGAUAAAUAUGAAGUGGCAAUCCCAGUGCCUGG